AACGCGCCUCAUAGAGUGUAGUUGUAAGCGCUGUGCCGUCGCCUCGCUGUAACUGCGUGCCGAAGAAAACCGAAUACAAAUGUUUUGACCUUCAGGCAUUUCGAGGGUCGACCUCCCUCUUGCAUUCGACUCAUCAGAAUAUCGGAUAAGAGACUGUUUCUGUUGUGUUUCUUUAGUUUUUUUUUGCAAGUUUUGUCAUUUUUUGGAAAGCCUCUCGGACACGUCCUUCAUUCUUCGGGCCUUGGGAACCAGUUAGCUUAGCCAGUGGUUUUGUUCCGGCGGUGGAUUGGGGUAAAACCUUACACAUUGAGAGGUUUCACCCAGGAAUGGAUACUGGAGUUGUCACCGAAAAGAAAAGGGUGAGCUCGGAGCGCAGAAAGGAGAAGUCCAGGGAUGCUGCCCGAUGCCGCAGAGGCAAGGAGUCUGAGGUGUUCUACGAGCUCGCACAGCAGCUGCCCCUGCCCCACAAUGUCACCUCUCACCUGGACAAGGCCUCUAUCAUGAGGCUCAUCAUCAGCUACCUGCGCAUGAGAAAACUGCUGAACUCUGAUGAAGAAGAGAAUGAGUCUGAGCUGGAGAGCCAGCUCAAUAGCUUCUACCUGAAGGCCCUGGAAGGCUUCCUAAUGGUGUUAUCUGAGGAUGGAGACAUGGUCUAUCUUUCUGAAAAUGUCUGCAAAUGCAUGGGCCUCACACAGUUUGAUUUGAUUGGCCACAGCAUUUUUGAUUUUGCACAUCCCUGUGAUCAUGAGGAAGUCAGGGAGAUGCUGGUGCACAGACCUGGGUCCAAGAAAACCAAAGCACAAAACACAGAGCGAAGUUUCUUCCUGCGCAUGAAGUGUACACUCACUAGUAGAGGACGCACUGUCAACAUCAAGUCUGCCACUUGGAAAGUUCUUCAUUGCACAGGACAUGUACGUGUUCAGGAGCACAGUGACAGUUCUGGAGAAGGCGGAUUCAAAGAGCCCUCCGUUACCUAUUUGGUCUUGAUCUGUGAGCCCAUCCCUCACCCCUCCAACAUCGAGGUGCCUCUGGAUAGCAAAACCUUCCUAAGCCGCCAUACUCUGGACAUGAAGUUCUCAUACUGUGAUGAAAGAAUCAAAGAGCUGAUGGGACAUGAGCCAAGUGACCUGCUAAAUAAGUCUGUGUAUGAAUACUACCAUGCCCUGGAUUCGGACCACCUCAACAAGACACAUCAAAACUUGUUUGCAAAGGGCCAGGCUACCACAGGUCAAUAUCGCAUGCUGGCCAAGAAAGCAGGCUACGUAUGGGUCGAAACUCAAGCCACAGUCAUUUACAACCCCAAGAACUCCCAGCCACAGUGCAUUGUUUGUGUCAACUAUGUUCUCAGUGGAAUUGUGGAGGAGGAUGUCGUUCUUUCCCUGCAACAGACUGUGCCUGAAAAGACUGAGGAGAAGGAGGAGGAGCUGCAAAUAGAGCACGAGGACAGUUCAGUUAUGGACAUGAUGAAGCUUUUCCAGAAGGACCACCUGUCAUGCUCUGUGGAGAGCCCCAAGAGCCUGUAUGACACCCUAAAGGAUGAGCCAGAGGCCCUCACCGUUCUGGCUCCAGCUCCAGGGGACACCUUUGUUUCCCUUGAUUUUGACAGCUCAGACUCUGACACGCAAGUGCUGAAGGAGGUGCCUCUUUACAAUGAUGUCAUGCUGCCCUCCACCAGUGAGAAACUCCCUUUGCCUCUGUCACCACUGGCUCCCAGUGAUCCCUCUCCAGCUUUGGUUAAAAUGGAGCCUGGAGGAGAGGAAUUUUCCAUCUCAUCCACAUCACGUCGCACUCUAGACACUGCCAGUACUUCUCCCAGCUCCACCAGUUCCUCAGAGGCAAGCAGUCCAUCACAUUACUUCCAUGUGGAUUCAGAUGUAAACUCUGAAUUUAAACUGGAUUUGGUCGAGAAAAUGUUUGCCACUGACACAGAGUCCAACUCUGACUUUAACACAGAUGAAAUGGGUGAUCUUGACCUUGAGAUGCUUGCUCCAUAUAUUCCAAUGGAUGAUGACUUCCAGCUGCAUAUCCCAUCCUCCCUGGACCCACUCCCCUCUGGUCCUCAGGCUGGUUCUGCUAUUAACUCCGUCUUCCAGCGAUCACCUACUUGUCCAUCUUCAACAUCCAGCACUUCUAUAAAACCGGAGCCACCUACCCAUGUGCCCUCUCCCCUCCACCUGCUGCAGGAAUUGAGCAGCAUCUUUGCCACACCCUUCAAUGAGGCCUCUCAAACCCUGGACAUCAGCCCCGAGACAGGCAUCCCACUGGCCAAGAGAAUGCAAGUGGACGAUGAGGAAUUUGCCUCAAAGGUUUUGACUGUCCAGAAUGGCCAGCGGAAGAGAAAACUAGAGAUCACCUCUCUAUCUCAAGCUGUCGGGCUGGAUGCUUUGCUCCAAUCUGUGGAUGAAGUUGUCGAGCCUGGAAAGAGAGCCAAGGUGUUGGAGGUUAAAGGUUCGAGCUUGCUUGGGGGCAACAAAACCAUUCUGAUACUACCAUCUGACUUGGCCAGUCGUUUGCUGAGCAGCUCAUUUGAGAGCAGAGGAAGAUUACCACAACUGACACGCUACGACUGUGAGGUUAACGCCCCAAUUCAGGACCGCCACCCCCUGCUGCAGGGUGAGGAGCUGCUGCGUGCUCUGGACCAAGUUAAUGGAGUCUAGCUUGCUUAGCGAUUCCGGACACUGUAUCCCUUUGUAUACUUCUCCCCUACCCCACAUUACCUUCAAAAGUAGAACCAUCACCCCAUCUGUUCAUCGUCUGCUGACUUAUCCCCUACAUGUUCCAUCGCCCUCAGUGGGCAUCCCAAAUACCAGUGGCCUUGGGGCCAAAAACUUAAUGAUUAUUAGUUAUUUUUUUUCUUGCCAGGCAAAGUAAAGGAGUGUAGCCUCCACUAUGACCAACAGCAAAGUCAAGAGCCUUAUUGAUAAACGCACACUUCUUUAAACACAGAUAUUGUCCCACACUCUCUGUAUCCCUUCUGUUUUUGUCUAUCUAUUCCCCAAGCAUUUUGUAUUGUAGCUAAAGUCGCACAAUAAACUAUUUUCGUAAGAUAGAAUACCAGCAGCUCAUGCAAUAUACAAACAGUUUUUUUUUCUUUUCUUUUUUUUUUUCUUUUUUUACAAAUAUGUACUUUUAUCAAUUAUUAUAACCAUAUAUUUUCAGUCUGUUGCGUUUCUCAUGUUUAUCAUUUUUGUUUGUAACGGUUAUAUUUAAGAGCAUUUUGCUCAUUCAUUAGCUUCAAGCAGAUAUUCUUAUUGCUAUAGAGAGACUUGUGCAGUUUUUCAGCUCUCUGUACAUGGGUUAAAGCAGUUCUCACAUUUGUUUUCAAAAGAUUUGAAAUUGUAACAUUUUCAGCGAUGUGCAAAUGUCUGUAACAUAGGAUUUUUUAAAUCCUGUCUCAAAGAGGCUGAACCAUAAGUUGGGUUUAAUUAUUUGAUAAAUUUUUAUAUUUUUAGCCAUUUUUCUGUCAUAAUACAUGCUUGUCAAAUCUCAUCGACCAGGGUAGAUUUCAAUAUUAUGCUUUUGAAGCAUAAUGUAGCGUAACCAUGCAAAGCCGAUAUCAGUUACUCAAGUGUCUAAUGGUAUAUAGAACAUUACCGCGCAGAUGUUUUCCUUGUGCUUUUCUAAGUUGACUUUGUCCUGCAUCUACUUUCAUUUUAUUAUGUUUUUGCAGUAGGAUGAACAUAUGCUUUUGUGGUGGUUGUACACUUCUGUUCAUUUUGGCAGUUUGUACAUGCACAUUUCCUUAACACUAAAUGUACUGUUUAUUGCAUAAUCAUUAAAGGAUAAUUGUGGACCAGAA